GCCGAGGCCUCGGCAGUGCUCAAGGUGCGGCCCGAGCGCAGCCGGCGCGAGCGCAUCCUCACGCUGGAGUCCAUGAACCCGCAGGUGAAGGCGGUGGAGUACGCGGUGCGGGGACCCAUCGUGCUCAAGGCCGGCGAGAUCGAGCUUGAGCUGCAGCGGGUGAGCGCGCGCCGGGCCUCUGGGAGGCUGGGGCCGCUGAGCAAGGGAAAAACCGCAGCAGACCCAGCUGGGGUCCUCCCCACGACGUCCACCCCCAUGGCCAGCUUCUCAGUCAGCCAAGCCUGGCUAAAACGAGAGAAUGCCUCCUCCCGCCCCUUCACUGGUGCCCAGCACCCGGCACUGGUGAGGCCUUGCAAUACGGUUCACUUGUUGAAUUGAAUUCAAUUGUUGAGCAGCCGGUGCUGCCAGGCACCGCACGUUGUGUGUCUGCCCUACCCCGGUGGAACCAAGGUCCAGUGGAGGGAGGAACAUAAGCGAAUGAAGAAAGAAGCAGUAGAGUCUCAGUGAUAAGUUCUUGGAAGAAAGGUCUUUGCCAGUCCUGGUUCCCGGAAGAGUCGGCAGAAUUCCUUCCUGUAGGCCCCUCUGGAGCCGUGGCCGACCAGCCACUUCUCUGGUCUGGUGACAGUCACCGAGGGUAUCAAAAAGCCAUUCACAGAGGUCAUCCGAGCCAACAUCGGGGACGCCCAGGCUAUGGGGCAGCAGCCAAUCACCUUCCUCCGGCAGGUGAUGGCACUGUGCACCUACCCAAACCUGCUGGACAGCCCCAGCUUCCCAGAAGAUGCUAAGAAACGCGCCCGGCGGAUCCUGCAGGCUUGUGGCGGGCACAGCCUGGGGUCCUACAGUGCUAGCCAGGGUGUCAACUGCAUCCGUGAAGACGUGGCUGCCUAUAUCACCAGGAGGGAUGGCGGCGUGCCUGCAGACCCCGACAACAUCUACCUGACCACGGGAGCUAGUGACGGCAUUUCUACAAUCCUGAAGAUCCUCGUUUCUGGAGGCGGCAAGUCACGGACAGGUGUGAUGAUCCCCAUCCCACAGUAUCCCCUCUAUUCAGCCGUCAUCUCUGAGCUCGACGCCAUCCAGGUGAACUACUACCUGGACGAGGAGAACUGCUGGGCGCUAAAUGUGAAUGAGCUCCGGCGGGCGGUGCAGGAGGCCAAAGACCACUGUGACCCUAAGGUGCUCUGCAUAAUCAACCCCGGGAACCCCACAGGCCAGGUACAAAGCAGAAAGUGCAUAGAAGAUGUGAUCCACUUUGCCUGGGAAGAGAAACUCUUUCUCCUGGCUGAUGAGGUGUACCAGGACAACGUGUACUCUCCAGAUUGCAGAUUCCACUCCUUCAAGAAGGUGCUGUACGAGAUGGGGCCCGAGUACUCCAGCAACGUGGAGCUCGCCUCCUUCCACUCCACCUCCAAGGGCUACAUGGGCGAGUGUGGUUACAGAGGGGGCUACAUGGAGGUGAUCAACCUGCACCCUGAGAUCAAGGGCCAGCUGGUGAAGCUGCUCUCAGUGCGCCUGUGCCCCCCAGUGUCUGGGCAGGCCGCCAUGGACAUCGUCGUGAAUCCCCCGGUGGCAGGAGAGGAGUCCUUUGAGCAAUUCAGCCGCGAGAAGGAGUCGGUCCUGGGUAAUCUGGCCAAAAAAGCAAAGCUGACGGAAGACCUGUUUAACCAAGUCCCAGGAAUUCACUGCAACCCCUUGCAGGGUGCCAUGUACGCCUUCCCUCGGAUCUUCAUUCCUGUCAAAGCUGUGGAGGCUGCUCAGGCCCAUCAAAUGGCUCCAGACAUGUUCUACUGCAUGAAGCUCCUGGAGGAGACUGGCAUCUGCGUCGUGCCCGGCAGUGGCUUUGGGCAGAGGGAAGGCACUUACCACUUCAGGAUGACCAUCCUCCCUCCAGUGGAGAAGCUGAAGACGGUGCUGCAGAAAGUGAAGGAUUUCCACAUCAACUUCCUGGAGAAGUACGCGUGAGGACGCCUGAGCCCCAGCGGGAGGCCCGUCCUCAGCUCUUCCUCCCAAUGCCCACCAGGCUGAACUCGCCUCCCCCGUGACUCUGCCUUGGGCCUCGCAGAGGCCGCUGGUCACUUCAUCAUCAUUUUGCCCCCGGAGACGUCUUUCUUUGUGCCUUGAUGUUGACAGCGCCUCUCUUUUGAGCAGACAAGCAUUCUAUAUGCAACCAGAGUAGAGGGGACCUGCUCAGCAGGUGUGGCCAGGGUUCUCUGAAUCUGUUACUGUUUUUGCUUCUGGAAAGUUCAUUUGGGGUUUACAACAACUAGGGUGUGUUGGGUGAGAUGUUUAAGAUCUGGAGAAAUGAGCAGGUGUCGGGAAAUGUGUGACUUAACCGUGGUGAGGGCUGGAAAUCCAAACUCACCACCGUGAUCUGUGAAAUAAAGCCCUUAGCGGUGUGAAGCAUCCGGUCCUUUGAACAGAAGGGCCUGGAAGGCCCCUGGGGCUGAGAGAGGGUCCGCCCCGUGGCCUGGAGGCAGGCGGGGAGCACAGUAGCACGUGGACUGGGCAGGAUGCUGCACUAGCUUGGGGUAGAUGCUGGGGGCUGCGGCCACCGUCAGAAGGCCUCACGGUGAGGCAUGGGGGUGAGCCAGGCUGCAGGAGGAACCGGGUCUCCGCUUCCCAGCAGCGCAGCCAGGCCUGAGAAUUCUGUGCGCCCGGCUGGCUUUGGGAAUGAGGAGUUCCCUUGAACAUGUGUAGGCUGGAACCCCAUCGGAGAGGUCUGUCUGAAUUUCAGGGACACAAGGUGCAGCCCGGCAGUGUCCCAGUUCCGUGGAGAGUCCCACUGGAAUGGUGUGGACCCAUCCCGUGGGUGACUGGUGCCUGUUCUCCCGAGGCCCUGACCGAGCCUGUGUGCACAUCGCCCCCUGCUGGCAGCAGCGGGGAAAUGAAGGCUGGAAAUGUCCUCCCCUCAAGGGCAAUCGCCGGACCUGCAGAGCAGCCAAGGCCCUGUCCUUUCUUGAAUGGUGGCGAGCUGAAUCUGGUCGGUUUCCUUGCUUUUAGGUGAUAAAAUUGCCUAGCAGCUUGGCUGCUGUGGAGGAGUCAGUGAGUCGUGAUUGGAGGUUCAUUGGCGUGCUUUCAUGCAGAGUGUUGCCUUCACGUUAGUUUCCGGCUCCCCUCCCAGGCUGCAGACUCUGACCUGUGGCAUCAGUCCUCUCCCAGGCCAGGAGGGUGCCAUCCCCCAGCAUGCGGCUUCCCUGCCAUUAGCAACCCUGGGCGGACCACACUCGAGGCUGCGGUGCUAUGGGCUUAGCCCUCGCCUCCCUCACUGGGAGCCUCCCCAUCCUCCCUGCCUUCCCCAGUGGGAAGUUAGGGAAGCUCAGGAGCCUGGGACCCGGCAUGUCCCAAAAUGGGAUUGGAGGAGCUGGAGAGAAAGCAAAAGAGGCCGAGGAGUGAGGCUUAGAGCCGUCUCUAUGCUGUGAUUUCCACACCGGGUCCGUGUAGAGGAAACAGUCGGAAACUCCAAACUGUCCUUACCCACCGACAUCACAGCCCCUAUGAAGAAAAUAGCCACAAUCUCAAAUAACAAAAGGGAAUGUUCUAAAACUUUUCCUUCCUUAAAAAACGGAAAAAAUUGCGCUUGUGCUUGCUGUGUGGUAUGUAAACCGGGAUGAGUCCCAGAGUGGUGAGGUUUCUGGUGGAAAGGUUAAAUCGUAGAAGCUAGUAUAUUUUUUAUAUUUUUGUAACAAUUGCUUUUUUCAUGGGGGAGGCUGGGUUAGUAUUUAUAGUCCUAACAAAUCCAGUAAUUUUUUAUAAAUCUCUUCAGAUUAUAAACAGCCCCUAAAAACUUUACAAUAUUUGCACAAUUUUUUAAAAGAGAUUGUAUACACUUGAUUUGCUUUCAAAAUAAAUAAGGUCAGCUAGUUUAGGAGGUUAACGUCAGAUAGGAAUGCUGAUCAUGACAGGUUUGGUUUUCUACAGAUUCUGUUCUGGUGCCUUUCCUGUCCGGGCACCACCUGAGAAAGUUGUUUGUCAUUUGAGGUCGCACUUGGAGGUUACAUCUGUGAAGUUUCUGUCAUUGGUCCAGAUCUGUGUGUGUAGCAUCUGCUGAGGAAGCACGUGCUGGGCCGCGCCUCAGACAGCGCAUCACUGCGCACCCAGAGGCUCGCCUGGCUGUUCCUGUUCUGGUGUGUGUGGAGUUUUGGGGAGGAACAGAUGCAGAUCAACUUGUGGCUGUUUUCCCAUCUAGGUUCUCACAGGCAUCUCCUCACAAAGGUACUUAACAAUGGCUCUGCUGGAAAUUUCUAUAAAUAAAAUGUCCAAAAUGGUGA